UGUUUGCAGGAAUUACCAGUACUGGUGAGGACAUCACUGUGAAGACUUCAUAGUGGUUGUGGCCUUCUGCCAGAAGUACUGGAUUGGAUAGGAUUUUCAGUUAAGUUUACCUUGAUCACCAGAACAAACUCCACAAGAGAUGGAGAAAUUGCCACAGGAAGACACUGAGCCAUGGUACUUUCAGCAAGUGUAUGCAAGAUACUGGAAGCACUAUGAUUUAGCCAUGCGCUGGAUGCAUAAACACCAGAAAGCCUACAGGAAAGCCAUGGAGUCCUUCUAUCACCUACCAUGGCAUCCUUCUGCAGCCUCUCCAAGUAGCCGUUACUCAGAUUGGGAUGGGAAUGACCUACCACAUACCCACAACUGUUUUUCCAGCUACAGCCCUUGUGGCAGAGCUAAUUACCAUGGUGGACCUCAGCAGUACAGGGGUGCCCACCCUGGGAGGGAAAAUGCUGACAGGGACUCUGAAAUGGAAGAGGGCUCUGACUCCGAAGAGGAGAUAGAAUAUGACUUGAGUAACAUGGAGAUCACAGAAGAACUUCGCCAGUUUUUUGCACAGACGGAGAGGCACCGGGAAGAACUGCGGAAACAGCAGCAGCUGGAAGCUGAGCACCAAGAAGUAUAUGUGGAGGCUGAUCAUGACCUUCACACAAAGACGGGGCGUUCUGAGCAGCCACCUGCAGAAAGACCUGGGGAGAGGCGAAUGGCAGAAAUGAAGAAACUCUAUGGUGCUGGAGCUGCCAAAAUCCAAGCAAUGGAGACUGCCAUGCAGCUUACCUUUGACAAGAACUGUGACAAAAAGCAGCCCAAAUACUGGCCCGUUAUUCCCCUCAAGCUGUGAGUACCUGGACUAUGCUCUGACCUGGCACAGAGUUGUAGUGAUGUGUGCCUCAGUCAGGUUUGCUUAUGAUUAGGGGGGGAAGUGGGGGUUGUUGUUUCUGAGGGGAGGAUUAGGAGAAGGGGGAAGGAGCAAUGGUUCUUUGCCCUGUGAUCUCUUUAUACUAUCUGUCAGUGAUGGUCACAGUCCAUUCUACAUGCAUAUGCUUGUCAAGUUAUAAAAGGAGGGAUAGUAAUAUUUUACCCAUCUAAAGUCAUAGUUUCUCUCAUUUGAUGCCAGCCUGCCUUGACCGUGCUUGCAAGAAAUGUAGCACUAUUCAUGUACGCUCUGUAAAAUUUACAUUGGGAAAAGUUAAAGCAGUGCCAAAAAGACGAAAUGAAUUGUCUGCUCUUCCCAUCUAGGAAAAUGAGUAGUCCCAAUUUUUUAUUAUUAUUUAAUGUAGUAGCAUUUGGAUCCCAUUUAACACAGCACAGCUUGAAGUGUUGUGUCUGCUAAUCUUUGAUUUUUUGGGAACUGGGAGCCUAUUGGCCUAGGUACAACAUAUCAAAUUACUAUAGCCCAGCCAUUUAUAUUCUUUUUGAAAGGUUUAUAGUAAGUCAGGAAGUUUUUCUUCCAGACUGAUACUUAGCUGGCAAAAAUUCAGCCGUAAAGCCAAAUUAUAUAUAAAGAUGCUUUAAUGAAAGGGAACAAAAAAAAAAUGCCUGACAUGGCACCCAGUGUUAGAAAUCUGUUUAGCAGAAGAGACUCUUGAGAAGAAAAAGCACUGUUGGGGCCAAAGCCAAGAGUGAUCUUUGCCAUUUUAAUAAAAAGCAUCUGAUUGGUUUGAUGCUUUAAGGAAAAAGAAGAACUAGUCUGAUAGCCUAACAGUACAUCUGUAUGUUGUAUGUGCAGGUUGAAAGCUAUGUAGCUGUGAGAGCUACAUUUAUUUCAGGUGCAGCUUCCCAACGACAACCCGUGUGUUGUAUGCACACAACUUAAAGGCAAAUUAGAUGUGCCUCUGUGUGUGCUCAUCCAUCUGCACAGGCUGUUUGCUUCCAGUUCUGUCACCCUUUACUUUUGGUCAUCUGUGCUUGCCCGACUAGUAGCUGGUGUGGUGGAGGGAGGCACAACUGGUCUCUUUAAGAGAAGCAGAAUUAGCCCCUUAGUAUUAGUGACUCCUUGGAAGAUGGUACACUGACCACUCCUUCCAAAAGCUUUCUGCAAAGCACUGCUGCUAUGUAUCUUCAUGUGCUGAAGAGCUGUAGUUUAUAUUAAGCAGCAGUUCCCCACUAGGGCAAAGGAAAAAUAUACUUUUUUUAAUUCUCAUAAACAUUAAUGUGUCCUUCUGGGAACAGAGGAUGUUCCAACUGAAAUUCUUACUGUAAUUCAUGCCCAUUGGGUCUUCUGUGUCUCUGUAGCAUGUGCAGUUUGUAACACGCAGCUGUAGUUGCUCUGCCCUCUGCAGCAACCAAAGCAAAUCUGAAGUGCAGUUUGGAAUCUCCUUGUUCUUAUCAGUGUUAUUAUGUUUUUAGAAGCACUGUUUUUAUUUCCGUUCCACCUCCUUCGUUUUAGCGUGAUGUGAUAGAGUUAAAUUGAACACUGAAAUUAAAAGCCCCCAGCCUCCAAGACUUGUUACUGGUGUGACUGAUCUGAAAAACUCCUGUGUGGCAGAAAAGGGAAAAGGGUUGUGGGUAAUAGUCCUGUGUUUGUCUUCACUCUUGUUUAUGAAGGAGUUGGUCAGCAACUUGGUGUUUUGCUUUAUUUUCUCUUUGUUUACCAAAUAAAUUCUCUUCAUAACA